AUGGGCGUAGUUGCCGCAGCCGCAGCGGCGGGCGUAAUGCCGCUCCAGAUGGACCAGCUAAGCAGUGGCGCCAUCAGCAGCGGUGGCGGCGGCGAGUCUGCACACGGGCCAGGGCCAGCCACGUUGUUGCAGGCAGCCGCCGUAAUGGCUGCAAGCAGCGAGCAGCAAGAUCAACAAAUGAGCAUAUCAGCCGUGCCCGUUUCGGUCUCAGCAAUGGGCACUGCGCACAGCGCAGCGGCUACUGCGUUUCUUUUUAAUAAUUUCGUAACGGUGGCAACGCCACAACCGCCGCCGCAGCCAGCAAUGGUGGCCAGCACGUUGCCGCCGCUGGUCAACACGGGUCUGCAGCAAUACUUGGAUAAGUCCUAAAAUGUUUAGAUGCGGCGCGGUGCAAACUCGAUACAGGUAUUAGAGCAAAACGGCAGCUAUUAGUGAACUUACCACCGGAAUCAGAUUGGGAUCGGAAUCGGGAUUGAGGGAGUGUGACUAUCGUAUAUAAAUAUAUAGAAAUGAAUGAAUAUGCCAAUCAUCCAGGCAGACAGACAGGCAAGCAAGCAAGAAACCCAAUCCCUCAAGCAAAGUUAAGCAGAUGUGCCGGCAACACAUGUAAUAAAAUAGAACUUAAUUCCUUAAGAACUACAUGUUUCGAGCCGAAAAUUAUUAUUACGAUUGUUAACUAAGGCAUCGGUAGUACAUGUAUAAUGUAACCACAAUUUGUAUUUGUACAUAAAUUUAUACAAUUUUAUUAGUGUUAAAAUCAGACAAGAAAAGAAAAACAAAAUUGAGUAAAUGAUUUCUGAUGCGUCGAUAACGAUUGCGGGAUAUCGACUUUAGCUAGCAUGUACAUACAACAAUUAAAUAUUAAUUAUAAUUACUUAAAAACGACGGCCUAAUUAUUUGCAUAUAUCCUAUGUACUGUAUAUACAUAUAAGUAUAUAUAUAUCUAUGUUCAAGAUGUAUGUAACUUCCUUUUAUAUAACCCGGCACUCGUGUUACAAAUGCAAACCAAUAUUAUUACGUACAUUACAUCUCGAUCAGAACAUACAGAAACAUAUAUCGAUUUAUGUGUACAGUUAGGUAAAGGCCGCCAAUUCAGAUUUAGUUGAAAAUUAAUGUUUGUAUCUAGCUGGAAGGGAAUGGAGGAAGAGAGUGCGUUAAGAUCCAUAAACUUACCAUAAAUAAACCGAACAGAACAGAUAACCACAUCAAGAAAGUUGACUUAAGCAAAAACUCAAUAAUGUAUGAUAUCAAUGUGAAUGUACCAAUUAUAUUUUAAAUAUGCGUGUGUAUUUGUAAAUGUGUGAUUUUCGUUUAUUUAUCUUUUUUUAUUUUGGGAAGGAACUCUAAAGAGCCAAAGCAAAAUGCAACGAUUCAGCCUGGCAUUAUCUAAAAUCUAUUCAAAUUCAAGAUUUAUUUAAUUUAAUGAAUCUUUUCGCGUGCAAUUUAAUAACACACAUACCAGACAUAUCUUGAGGGGAUGCUUAAAUUAAAAUUUUGUUGCUUCAUUUUGUGAUUUGAUUUCCGAUUGAAAUAGGACUAAAUGUGGGCAAGCCAUAUACGCAAUAUACAAAACUAAGAAGAUAACUCGUAACCACCCAAAAUCCUAAAUGGAGACUGCAGAAAGUAAAUGUAACGUAAAGGCAACAAAAAAAAACGAAACGAUUAAGAAUAGUGUGUUUUUAAUAUACAUUCAAAACAUAUAGUAUAUAUACAUGCAGAUAAUAAUAUACAUUAUAUUAUAUAUUAUUAUGUGUGCAAAAAAUUAGAGAACUUUUUAUAUAUAUUGUCACAAGGCAUACUAACAAGAAACAAAAAUAAGAAGAUUAAAAAAAAAAAACAAAAAUAAAAGAGAAAA